GAGAGAAGGCAAAAGCUGCUCUUCUCUUCUUUUGCUUUUUCCCUUGGAGACGCCAACUCCCUCUUCUCCCUUUUAUUGCCCCCAUUCCUUCUCUCUCUCUCUCUGUGACGGCACUUGUGACAGAAGAGAGGGGUGCGUCGUCUUGCUCGCGGUGGUGCCGGUGCUGGGCGGUUGCAUCCACCCGUCAGCCAAGUCAGCCAUGGCGCCGGACCACGGCUCCAAGGUCGACAUCUCCUUCGCCGGCCGCUUCACAGCCAGCGCCAUCGCCGCCUGCUUCGCCGAGAUCACCACAAUCCCCCUCGACACGGCCAAGGUCAGGCUGCAGCUGCAGAAGAAGGCCGUCGCCGGGGAUCUCGCUGGGCCCAAGUACCGCGGUCUGCUCGGCACUGCCGCCACCAUCGCCAAGGAGGAAGGCGCCGCCGCGCUCUGGAAGGGCAUCGUCCCUGGCCUCCACCGCCAGUGCAUCUACGGGGGUCUCCGCAUUGGUCUCUAUGAACCCGUCAAAGCCUUCUAUGUUGGUGAGAACCAUGUUGGGGAUGUACCUUUGUCCAAGAAGAUAGCCGCUGGCUUCACCACUGGUGCUCUUGCAAUUGCUGUGGCCAACCCCACUGACCUUGUCAAAGUCAGGCUUCAGUCCGAGGGGAAGCUGGCACCUGGUGUGCCGCGCCGUUAUACUGGGGCAAUGGAUGCUUAUGCCAAGAUUGUUCGCCAGGAAGGGGUUGCUGCUCUGUGGACUGGCAUUGGUCCGAAUGUUGCACGUAACGCCAUCAUUAACGCUGCUGAGUUGGCCAGUUAUGAUCAAGUGAAGCAGUCCAUUUUGAAACUUCCUGGGUUCAAAGAUGACGUGGUCACUCAUAUCUUGUCUGGUUUGGGCGCUGGCUUCUUUGCUGUCUGUGUUGGUUCUCCAGUCGAUGUGGUUAAGUCAAGAAUGAUGGGUGACUCUGCCUACAAGAACACUAUUGAUUGUUUUGUGAAGACCCUAAAGAAUGAUGGACCUCUGGCAUUUUACAAAGGCUUCCUUCCAAACUUUGCUAGACUGGGAUCAUGGAACGUGAUUAUGUUCUUGACACUGGAGCAGGUUCAGAAGGCCUUUGUGAGAAAGCCUGCAAAUUAGCGAUGAGAUGAUAUGGUUUUGUAGAGGGUGGUAUACAACAACAAUGUGCACAUUUGUUUUCUCCUACAUAAGGCGUUAACCCUUGGGAGUUGAGGUACAAAGGACAAAUUUGAGACCUCAACCGUGAGAAACUGUAAUAAAUUUUUGUCGCUCUUGACAGGACCUUAAACAAAUGCUGAGGUAGUUCGGAGAUCUCAAAGUGUUGCUAAAUUUGUGUUGGAUGGAUGAACAUUGGCUGCAGCAGAUCUUUUGUGUGAUGAUGAGCCAGGAAGGCUACAAUGCCUUUGCUUGGUCUUCUAA